AUGGCAGAGAAAAGGCAAACAUUGAUUGCUCUGUUCAGUCUUUUGCUCAGCGUCCAUGGAUUUUUGUUCAUCAGUCCAACUGAUGCUAAAAGCCCCUGCCACAUAUCAGAUGAUCAGAGUAUAGCAGACUGCAAGGGACAACGUCUGGAUCGUGUGCCUAUCAGUGAUCUCCCAGCCUCUUUGACAAAAGUGGAUCUCUCCUACAACAUCUUGGACGGCAUCUAUAACCUUGAUUUCUCCCACUUGCCUAACUUACGGGUCCUCUUGCUUCAGUACAACAACAUAUCAGUGAUUGAGGAUGAAGCCUUCAAGUUCAAUCUUUUGUUAGAGGAACUUAACAUCUUCAACAACUCUUUGAAUGCAAUCCCCUCCAAAGCCCUGGCACCUCUUAUCAAACUGAAAAACCUAGAUAUGUCAAAUAAUUUAUACAGUAAAGCUACUCUGGAUCUGGAAGUCUUCUCUGCAUUCACGUCUCUGAAGGUGCUGUCUAUGGGUGGUCCUUUGGUCAAGACUUUGAGGAAAGGUGACCUUGAUGCAUUGCAAAGCCUUUCACUGAAUAAAUUUGCAAUUAAAACCGGAACUAGUCUAAAACAGUAUGAACAAGGGUAUUUGGAGCAUGUUCAAACAGAGAACAUGUGGUUUGAUGUGGCCAUAGACAACCAUCCACAUGUGCUGCCUCAGAUAUUGCAGGACUUGGCAAACAAGACCUUUCGUGUUCUCCGUUUCAGAAACCUUUUUGAAUUCACAUACUAUACAAGCACAGAGGACCUCUUCAGUGGCCUACAAUACAUUCGGGCUCAUGACCUUUUUUUUCACCGUGGUAAGGUCAAUGAGAACCUUUUGAGGAUGCUCCUGCUGAACAUUCAAGUCAGCCCAAUUAAAUCCCUGAUACUUAUGUACAUUGAUUUUGCUCGUUCGCCCACUUUUGUGGACAAUGGGAAAGAUUCCAGUGUGACAGACCUAGCUUUGGAUAGACUUGUGCUUUCGGACAUCAGCAAUCCAGACAUCCUCCGUUUUGAUUGGCGCUUCACUUGGUUUAACAAAAUCCGCCACUUGAUAAUUUGGAAUGUCAAUUUCAACUCCGUGCCUUGUGAUGCUUGGCAAGAAAUGGGUGAUGUGCAGACACUUGAUGUCUCUAAGAACCAACUGAGGAGUAGCUACCUCUACAACCAGCAGUGUAACUACAAGGGCACCAUGCCGUCCCUUCACCUCUUUAAUCUUAGCAAUAAUUUCCUAAACAGCCUCAGUGAUGUGGCAUCACUCACAGGUGAGUUUAAGAGCCUGAAAAUCAUUGACCUCAGUUACAAUCAGCUGGGUUCAGCCGAGGGUGAUGCUUGCACCUGGAAGCCAAAUAUCACCCAUUUGUUGGCUCACCAUAACCAAAUAGUGACCACCAGCUUCAAGUGUCUACCAACCACCUUGGUCUUCCUUGAUUUGUCUUACUGCAACCUAGAGCGGGUGGAUAAGGACUAUUUUGAAAAGGCCAGCAACCUCAGAGAGGUCCGCCUGUCUGGCAACAAGAUUAAAUUCAUUCCUGCAGGCUGGAAGAAUCCCAAUCUGCAGUCCCUGUCCCUGGAUGGCAACUCUUUUGGCCUCAUAAACAUGGGAUUAUUCAAAGACAUGCCUGGUUUAGUCACUCUGAAGGCAGGGAACAACCCCUACCAUUGUACUUGCGAUCUUCACAAUUUCAUCCAUGAGACCACGUCCAAAGGCAAGGUUAAAAUCAUCGACUGGCCUGAAAACUACAAGUGUUACCACCCAGAGGCUUUGCUUGAUACGAUGGUUUCAAAGUACUUCCCUGGCCAUGUGGCUUGUGACAUAAGACUUGUCAUAAUAAUCUCUGUGGCAACAACCUCUGUGGUUGUUUUGGCCAUCAUGUUGGUAUGCUACGUUUUCAACAUCCCCUGGUAUGCUAAAGCCUCAUAUCAGAUCAUCAGAGCCAAAUAUCGGGCCCAUAAGGAAGGAGCGGGCCCAUCAGUACACUAUGCUUUCCAUGCGUUUAUCUCCUACAGUCACGCUGAUGCUGACUGGGUGAGAGACCAUCUUCUCACAUGUCUGGAGAAUGCCAGGCCUCCUUAUCGUCUUUGUAUCCAUGAAAGAGACUUUAUGCCGGGGAAGUGGAUCAUUGACAACAUCAUUGAAAACAUUGAGAACAGUCGUAAGGUUAUCUUUGUGCUGUCUCGACACUUUGUAGACAGCGAGUGGUGCAACUAUGAGCUUUACUUUGCCCAGCAGCGAGCUAUUGGCAAGACCUUCAGCGAUGUCAUCCUUGUCGUAAAGGAACCCAUUGAUCCCAAUUCUUUACCUAGCAAGUACUGCAAACUCAAGAAAAUGCUGAGCACCAAGACAUAUUUAGAGUGGCCUCAACAACCCAAGCAACAACCCUUCUUUUGGGCCCAACUCAAAAGCGUCCUGGGAAAGCCCAACCUUGUUCAGAGGCGGUCAACCAGUGGCCGAAAUAGACCCUCUACCGGGAGUGCCAUAUCUGUAGUUGAGCUCCCUCCGGAGAACCAGCGGACAGGGGAUGCUGUUCUAAAGUUAGAGGAAAGUGCGGAGGUCUUCCAGGAGACCAGUGGGGAGGUUGAAACUGUUCCAGAAGCCAGUCCACAAAACCACACACCCAACAUAUCCCCUGCAGAGAUGAUGUAA